AUGGCCGCACGUAGUAAAAAAGUUUUACUUAAAGUCAUCAUAUUAGGUGACACCGGUGUUGGCAAGACAAGUUUAAUGGGACAAUUUGUUUCACAUAAAUUUUCUAAUCAAUAUAAAGCAACCAUAGGCGCUGAUUUUUUAACCAAAGAAAUACAAAUUGAUGAUCGUCUUGUAACAAUGCAGAUAUGGGAUACAGCUGGACAAGAACGUUUUCAAAGUUUAGGUGUUGCUUUUUAUCGAGGUGCUGAUUGUUGUGUACUUGUUUAUGAUGUGACACAGCCUAAUUCAUUUCGAUCAUUAGAUAGUUGGCGAGAUGAAUUUCUUAUUCAAGCUGGACCUCGUGAUCCAGAAAACUUUCCAUUUGUGGUCAUUGGCAAUAAAAUUGAUCUUGAAAAUCGUGCGGUUCCAACACGUAAAGCACAAAGUUGGUGUACAGAUAAAUCAAAUGUACCUUAUUAUGAAACAUCAGCUAAAGAUGGUCUUAAUGUUGAAAAAGCAUUUGAAGCCGUUGCACGUAAUGCUUUAGCACGUGAAAGAGAAGUUGAUCAAACACAAGACUUUCCGGCACCUAUUAAAAUUCCUGAUAAUGAUCAACCACCACCAUCAAAAGGAUGUCCAUGUUAA